UAGUGUUGAAAGGAUGUUCUCUCCGUUACAGGUGUUUGUGGUGACUCUGUCCAUGUCUCUGCUGCUUCGCAGCAUCAGUUCUGCACCAAGAGGAGACCUGCUGCUCCAGCUGCUCCAGUCAGAAGUGGAUCCCAAGGAGAAUGAGCUUCAGGAUCUCUCUCGUUUGCUUCUUCUGAAGCAGCUUUCUGAGUCGGUGGCACCUGAGGAGAAAGACACUCUUGAAAGCAUUGAUGAUCUUGAGGUUCGUAACGAAGUGGUCCAUCAGAUUCCCGUUUCCCAACGAGAACGCAAAGCAGGCUGCAGGAAUUUUUACUGGAAGACCUUCACCUCUUGUUAGUCAACCUGCAAGACCCUUACAAACAUUGUUAUACUUGUGUAGCCAUCAAAAUAACUUGAUGUGUUGGAGGAUUCCUGGUCCUGCGCAUAUAUCAUGGAUUGUAAUAAUCUAUAUGUUCUCUUUCUUAUACCAUCUGCAUUAACCAAGAAUGUUCCUUAAAAAUCACCAGCACACACAGUAAUGACACCAGGAAUACCAUUUCAGUAUAAAGAGAGAUUAACUCUAACGUUUAAGCAGUGUAUGCUAUAAAAUUGUAUUAUGGGUAACAUUAGGAUUGAUUGCUAGAGAUUAUAUGAUUAACGUUUAAAAGCUUGAUAUAGAGGUUUUUGUGUUGACCUUGCAACAGUGUCAUAGGAUUGCUAGUCCUCUGUAAUAAAGUGUGAUCAGGGAAAGUGUGUUUAUGUGUGAUUGGCUCUAUGGGAUGUAACAUAAACA